AUGGUCAGAAAUUGUUUGAUCUUUCGACCAAUUGUUUGCAAGUUACCCGUGUUCAUACAAAACAAAUGGACUGACUAUGCGUGCAGAUAUCAAACCGAGCACAAUGUUACAUAUCCGAAAUUCAGUGUUUUCGAGAGGUUCAUACAGGAAAUGAGCUCGCGAAUGAACAACCCGAGUUUCAAUUACACCGAUGGUACUGUGGUACCUAGCGUCAGCAAAGAACAACGUCGUACUGCGUCUACCGGAAGUAGGAAUGCAUACGUCUUUUCAAAGAAAACGGAAGUUAAUAAUGUGCCUACAGCAUUUUUGUGCCCAUUUCAUGACAGUGCGAGAGAAGUGAAGCAUUUGUUAUCAGAUUGCCACCUGUUUCUAUCGAAAUCCAAGGACGAAAAGAGGGAAAUUCUCUUAAAACACGGCGUGUGCUUUAAGUGUUGUAAGGACAAACAUUUGGCCAAGGACUGUACAGAAAAAGUAAUCUGUACUGUGUGUAAAGGUUCAUCGCAUUGCACUAUGUUUCAUGAUGACAAAUAUCAGCCCCGUCAGUCUCACGGCGAGGAAAGGACAAGUAUCAGGGGAGACAAUCGUAAGAUAAAUUCCAAGUGUACACAGUUGUGCGGUGAAACCGGUCCCUUCGUGGGGAAAUCGUGUGCAAAAACGGUGUUAGUAAAUAUCUACAAGGACGGACAACUUAAUAAUGUGUUGCGUGCUUAUGCCAUUAUAGAUGAGCAGAGCAAUCGGACAUUGGCCAAAAGUGAGUUCUUCGAUUAUUUUGGAGAUCAUUCUACGGAAACCGGAUACGUACUUUCAUCAUGUGCCGGUGAAAUUCAGGUAACCGGGAGGCAAGGCAGCGGAUACGUAAUGGAAUCAUUGGACAAGGAAUACUCAUUAAAAUUACCGUUGAUUACAGAAUGCAAUCAUAUUCCGAAUGUGAAACAGGAAAUACCUACACCGGAAGUUGCACGACACUAUAGUCACAUGCAGGACAUUGCUCAUCUUAUCCCAGAGUAUGAAAACGAUACGCCCAUAUUGCUUCUCGUUGGCAGAGAUCUCAUUUCGGAGCAUCAUGUGUUGGAACAGCGAACUGGACAUGAACGUGAACCAUAUGCACAGAAAUUAAAAUUCGGUUGGGUAGUUGUAGGAGAAUCGUGCCUAGGUCUCGUUCACAAACCUACGGUCAUAACUGUGAGCAAAACGGUCGUUUUACCGGACGGCAGACCUACUCUCAUGGAUCCGUGUCCGAAUUACUUCAAGGCUCAGUUUGAAAAAUCCGAUAAGUUGCCAAUUGGAAUGGACAUAUUUCAAAGAACAAAAUUCGAUGAUAUUCCUGGUUACUCGCAACAGGAUAAGGAAUUCAUGCGUGUCAUGGAAGGGGAGUUUAUUAAGGACGAGUACGGUAAUUGGAGUGCACCGUUACCGCUAAAAAAGGAACGACCUACUUUGUCAAACAAUAUGGAUCAGGCAAGGCAUCGCGCAGAAAAUCUACGAAAGUCGUUACUGAAAAAUCCUACUAAGCGCGAACAGUUUUGUGCGUUUAUGCAAAACAUUUUUGACAAGGAGCAUGCAGAGGUAGCUCCCGAGUUACAAGACGGCGAGGAAGCAUGGUAUCUACCGAUAUUCGGGGUUUAUCAUCCCCAAAAACCCAACAAAAUCCGAGUCGUGUUCGAUUCGGCGGCAAAGUUUAAUGGACAUUCGCUGAACGACAUUCUCAUGACAGGUCCGGAUCUCAUAAACAAUUUGGUUGGUGUGUUAAUGAAAUUCAGGAAGGAACGAAUUGCGAUUAUGGCCGAUGUUGAACAGAUGUUCUUCAACUUCUAUGUGCACAAGCGUGACAGAAACUUUCUACGUUUCUUAUGGUUUCAAGAUAAUGAUCCCACACAACCGCUAAGGGAAUUUCGUAUGUGCGUGCAUGUGUUUGGCAACUCGUCUUCUCCGUGUAUUGCCACACUUGGAUUAAGGAAAUCUGCUUGCGACCAUAUCGAUUCUUCCGCGUGCGACGAGGUGUGUUGUUUCGUCAAAGAGAGCUUCUACGUUGACGAUGGGUUGACCUCUGUGUCUGACGAAGGUCACGCAGUGCAGUUGUUGAGAGACACUCAAGCUCGAUUACGGCAAAACGGAAACAUUCACUUGCACAAGUUCUCGUCGAACAGUGUUGAUGUUUUAAAGCAGUUUCCAAAAGAGGAUACCAGCGAAAUUUGCGAUAUGGACUUCGAUGAUAUCGUUCAUAGGAGUCUCGGACUACGUUGGAAAGUCGGUUGUGAUACGUUCACGUUUAGUGUUUCUGAUGAGGUGAAACCGUUCACCAAACGAGGCGUACUUUCUACAAUACAUAGUGUAUUCGACCCCCUCGGCUUUGUGGCACCAGUUAUUCUCGGAGGCAGACUAUUAAUGCGAAAUGUGUUAUCGUCAAAGGAUCUUGACUGGGAUGACCCUUUACCUCCGGACUUGAACUCUGAUUGGAAAAAAAUGGAGGUCUUCGCUUAA